AUGAGUGCAACAGGAAACGAAAGUUUUGGAAGAGGUCAAAACCUGGACGUAGAUCAUAAUGAAGAAGUAGACCAAGGAACAACAAUAGCAGGAGAUGAACGAUCAGGAAUACCUGGAAACACGAAACCUGGGGUUGGCCAAAAUGGAAUGUGCAGAGGAGACAAGGAAACCGAAGGCGAAGAUACCAAAGAUAACGCCCUCCUGCAUUCCAUGCUGCUUCCCCUCACCCCUGAGAGUCUGGUUCUUCCUCUUAGCCCAGAUAGCCUAUUUGAUUUUGAGGAUGAUCAUCAAGUCAUGCAAGUUGUCACAUCUACCCCGUCAACUCAUCCAGGCAAUCACAUGGAACCAAGCAGUCUUAACUUUUCAGAGGAGGCGCACCAACCACAAAAUGAAGGUGGCCAUAUCACAGAGUUGAUAGGAAAUGGUACCAGUUCAAUCAUCAUGGAAAAUGAUGCGGAUACAUCAUCCUCGUUUACGGAGGGAUAUGGCUGUGCCGAUGACGAAAUGAGCAGAGAUGUGAAAUCAAGUCAAGGGUUGUUAGAAGAUAUCGUCAACUCAUUCAUGGCAGAGGAAAAGGAUAAAACUAUGCAGGCUGAGCGAACUCCUAUACCAGCUGUCAUUGAACAACAACUUGAUUGUAAUCGCCAAGUAAUAAGUGAAAGUUCAGCCGCGGAGGACUAUGUUCAUCGAUCUCCAGAUAAUGAAGGUUGCAUAUAUGCAAUGAUGGAAUGUUCGGUUGAUGAUGGUAGUAAUUCAACCUCAAUGGAAGUGGUAGAUGAAGACGAUAGCGAGCCCGGGUCCAGAGGGGAAAACACCCAAGAUUCCUGUGAUGAUACGACCAGGGGAGAAAUAGAUCGAGAUGAAUCAAGUGAUGAUGAGUUAAGUGAUGAUGUAUUUGAAGAGGAAUGCAGCAACCCACCCAGGAAAGAUGGAUACAUUAACACCGACUUGAACAAAUGCAAUGCGUCUGAGGCACCAUGCUAUGAUGAUAUGUCUGAAGAUGAUGUCAGCACCAUAUCCAAGGGAGAGGAUGGUAUUAGUAUUAGCACCACAACCAAGGAAGAAAGGAAAAAAAGCACAAACAAAGAUGAUGACAAACAACCAUGCCUGGCCCCGGAACUAUUUGUCAAUGUCAGCCAUUUAGACCAUUUGAGGGCGGAAGCCUGUUCGGAAGGCAGUUUUGAUACUAAUGGUAUACGCCAUUCAUCUGUGGAAGAGAAGGGUGCCAUAACAUCUGGAAAACUCGAAAUGGACAAAUCACCAAAGCAACUGCCUUCGAAGUUUCCAUCAGUGACUGUUCCAACAUACCAGAAAAAGGACGGUGGAAAUCGGCCCUAUGACAGACGGCAGGCGUGUUUCUACUGUGGUGAAUUGAAGGCAAAGUUCCCGAGGCAUUUAGAAAAAUGCCAUGUUGAUGAGGUUGAGGUCGCUCGAAUUUUCAAUUUGACUGACAAGCAAACUAAACUGAAGGAAGUGGAACGUAUAAGGUUAAAGGGAAACUUCAACCAUAAUGUAAAGAUUUUACAAAAGGGUGAAGGCGAACUCAUCGUAGCAAGACGUCCAAUACAGCAUCGAGAUGCCAAUGAAUAUAUUCCUUGCAUCCAUUGUCUUGCAUUUCUUCACGAAGAUGAAGCAUGGAGACAUGCAAGGGUUUGCCAAUUCAACACCAAAUCAAGUGGUAAGGAUGAUGACAGUCGAGAUGACGAUGGUGACGAUGGUGAUGACGAGGAUGAGGAUGACGACAAUGACAAAAACGCCAACGGAUACAAGGGACACUCGAUUAAAAUUCAAAGUCGUAUCUUUCUUGAUGCUGCAACAACAGGAAGAGACCCUAACUCGGCUGACUUUGCCGAUCUACACAGUGUUAUAAUCAGUCCGAUGAGAAGUAAUGUGGUGAAAACGAUCAUAAAAAAGGACACAUUAAUACUGAAGCUGGGGGCAAUUUUGUUGAACAAAAUUGGUGUGAAGAGACAAAAAGUCAUAACACAACGUUUGCGCCUUCUUGGGAGAUUCUUGCAGGAGUUUCGUCAACUUAGGAACAAUCCAUUCAUCGGUCUAUCUGAAAUAAUUUGCGGAGAACACUUUGAUUCUGCUGUCAAGGCUACCCGAAAUCUUUGUUGUGUUAGCAAAGAAACAACAAUGGCGGGGGUGAGCCUUCUGAACACUCCAUCAAUCGGACUACAACUGGGCCACUCGCUUAAAAAAUGUGCGCUCAUCAAACAUGGCAUCGGAUUGAGAACCAUGGACAAGGACAAAUCGGAUGAAGCACACGUAUUUCUCCAACUUUUCAAUGCUGAAUGGACAGAACUGGUUUCGUCACACGCGCUCCAAAGCCUCAAAGAAAAGAAAUACAAUAAAGUAGAGUUAAUUCCAGUGACAGCGGACUUGCUUAAGCUUCGAACAUUUCUUGACAGAAGUAUUGUUGUUUUGGAAGAUGAGCUGAGGAAAUCCCCUUCUGAGAAUUCGUGGAGAAGACUGUCGGAAGGUAUCUUCUCCAUCGUUACCUUGUUCAACAAAAGGCGAGGAGGGGAAGUGGCAAAAAUGGUCGUUGGUUGUUUCACGAACAGACCAAACUGGAAGGAAAAUAGAAAUGAAGAUAUACUUCUCUCCCUCUCCCAGUUGGAGCAAAGACUCUUGGAAAGCCUGGACAUGGUGCAGUUACCAGGCAAGAGAUACAGAAAGGUCCAUUUGCUUCUCAAACCAGAAUGGGUUAGACCGAUGGAAUUGUUGGUGGAGAAACGAUCUCAAUGCAACGUGGCAGGCCAAUAUUUCUUUGCCGUGCCUGGGUCUAAUUCAUAUCUAUCCCCCUGGAAGGUUCUCAAUCGAUUUGCCAAGGACGCAGAGUGUACAAGACCGGAUCUCAUUUCGACAACUCGACUAAGAAAAUACACCGCGACAGUAACCCAGAUACUUGGUUUGAAGCCUGGUGAACUUGAGUGGUUGGGGAAUCACCUGGGCCACACUGUAGAGGUGCACAAGGAUUCGUAUAGGCUACAUGAAUCAACGAUUGAGAUGGCAAAGGUGUCGAAGGUGCUGUUAGCAAUUGAAAACGGGACAGCGGGAAAUUUCCAGGGGAAGUCCCUAAAUGAUAUUCACAUUGAUGAUAUUAAUAUGCCAGCUCAACAUGAGAGUGACGACGACCAAGCUGGACCCAAAGGUGACGGAGAGGGGAAAAAGACACGAAAGCAAAAACCAUUAAAGCCAAAUAAGAAAGUUGUAAAGAGAGGUGCAGAAACUCAUGAAUCACCAGAUACUUCGAUUAACAGCAGCGACUCGAAGGCUGAGGGUGGCAAAGAGUGGCGUCACCCAAAACGUAAGAGUAUAAAGACACCAACUUAUAAUCUAAGCGAUGAUGAUACGCGUGAUGACUCGACGAUUGAUGAAGAUUGUAAAGAAGAAUCGUCUGAAACAAGCACUGACUCUGGGAAUGACAGCUUAGUAGUGCCAAAACUGCCUAAAAAGGUCCUCCCAAAGCCACAGGCUCAGAAAAAGAUUCCCAGUAAAAAGGUCUGGGUAAAAUGGUCGAAUACUGACAUAGGCAUAAUACAAAAUGCUUUUAAGCGCUGCAUUCUAAAUGAAAGGGUGCCACGAAAGGCUGAUAUUGAGAAAGUUGUUGAAAACUACCAUACCUUAAAUCAACGAUCGUGGAUGCAAAUCAAAAGUAAGGUACAACACCUGAUUAAAAAUAAGAUGAAGGUUACUAGCACCAUUAUGGAAAAGGCCAAGCAAAGAUUGUGA